AUGUUUAUUUACUUGCAGUAAAUGACAGUAAAUGAACGUGCACGAGUGCAGCCGACCCCGAGGGGCGCUGGAUUUUCCGAAGCUUGUCCGAGUAGACCCGAAGAGGGUGCGGCAGGGUAGCCCACUGCGCGCCGGCCCGGGUCCGAGUCUGCGGUUGCGGGCUGGACUCUGCGGCGAGAGCCCGGAGGCCGGCCGCCGCGUGGGUCCGGCGGUGCCUCCUCCCCGCCCCGCCGAGGCGCCGCCCAGACCCCCCUGCUCGGCCGGCCCGGCUCCCCCACCCACCGCCGCCCGCCACCCCCUUCCCCCACCGGCCCGGCCCCCGCUGCUCCGCCGCCGGCCCGGCCCCCUCCUUCUCCCCGGCGGCGCUCGCAGGCUCCCUCGCUUCCCUCUUCCCACACCGCCCUCAGCGGCUCCCUCCCCGCACGCCGGUCUGAAGAGGAAUCGAGCGCCGCGCGCAUCGAUAGCUCUGCGCUCUGCCCUCUGCGGCCGCCCGGCCCCGAACUCAUCGGUGAGCUCGGAGCUCGAUUUCCCUAGGCGGCGGCCGCGGCGGCGGAGGCACAGCGGCGGCGGCGGUGGCGGCGGCGGCGGUGGCGGCUGCCCGGCCAGUACUCCCGGCCCCCGCCAUUUCGGACUGGGAGCGAGCGCAGCGCAGGCACUGAAGGCGGCGGCGGGGGCCAGAGGCUCGGCGGCUCCCAGGUGCGGGAGAGAGGAUUCCUACAGGAAACAAGUAGUAAUUGAUGGAGAAACCUGUCUCUUGGAUAUUCUCGACACAGCAGGUCAAGAGGAGUACAGUGCAAUGAGGGACCAGUACAUGAGGACUGGGGAGGGCUUUCUUUGUGUAUUUGCCAUAAAUAAUACUAAAUCAUUUGAAGAUAUUCACCACUAUAGAGAACAAAUAAAAAGAGUUAAAGACUCUGAAGAUGUACCUAUGGUCCUAGUAGGAAAUAAAUGUGAUUUGCCUUCUAGAACAGUAGAUACGAAACAGGCUCAGGACUUAGCAAGAAGUUAUGGAAUUCCUUUUAUUGAAACAUCAGCAAAGACAAGACAGGGUGUUGACGAUGCCUUCUAUACAUUAGUUCGAGAAAUUCGAAAACAUAAAGAAAAGAUGAGCAAAGAUGGUAAAAAGAAGAAAAAGAAGUCAAAGACAAAGUGUAUAAUUAUGUAAAUACAAUUUGUACUUUUUUCUUAAGGCAUACUUAAGUAAAAGUGGUAAUUUUUGUACAUUACACUAAAUUAUUAGCAUUUGUUUUAGCAUUACCUAAUUUUCUGCUCCAUCCAAACUGUUAGCUUUUAUCUUGAAUGCUUAUUUUAAAUGACAGUGGAAACUUUUUUCCUCUAAGUGCCAGUAUUCCCUGAGUUUUGGUUUUUGAACUAGCAAUGCCUGUGAAAAAGAAACUGAAUACCUGAGAUUUCUGUCUUGGGGUUUUUGGUGCAUGCAGUUGAUUACUUCCUAUUUUUCUUACCAAUUGUGAACUUUGGUGUGAAACAAAUUAAUGAAACUUUCGAAUCAUCCCUAUUCUGUGUUUCAUGUAGUCACAUACAUGGAUUAAUUACUAAUUAUAACUUCAGUUGAGAUUUCAUGAUUCGUUUUACUGAAACAUUGAGGGAACAUGAAUUUAUGGGCUUCUUGUAGAUUCAUCUUGUAGGUAUUAAUGUCCUAUAGUUUCAGUCACCCUUAAUGAAUGUAAAGUUACACUGUUCAUAAAGGUUUCUCCAUCUUUUCACUGCUGUUUGUCAUAGUCACGCUCCCCAAAAUAUUAUAUUUUUUCUAUAAAAAGGGAAAAAAAGGAAAAAAAUACAAGGCAAUGGAAAAUAUUAAAAGGCAUUUACUUUCUGUAUUAGAUAAAUUCCUAUAAUACUCUGAAUAGCUUUUCCUGUUAAGGCAGACCCAGUAUGUGAUGAGGAUUAUAGCAACCAUUUUGGGGCUAUAUUUACAUGCUACUAAAUUUUUGUAAUAAUUGAAAAAAUUUUAACAUGUAUAAAAAAUUCCCAUAGGAAUUAAAUAUAGUCUCCCUGUGUCAGAUUGCUCUUUCUUAGCAUAACUUUAAAUCUUUUGUUGAACUUCAGUCUUAGAAAAUAGUUUUAAUUCUGGUAGUGACAUUAAAGAUUAUUUGGGCCAGUUAGCUUUAGUAGAUGUUAAAGAGACCAAGACUGCAAGGCCAGGCCUUGUGUGAACCUUUGAGCUUCAUUAAGAGUUUCAUGGUAUGGACUGCAUCCCUGUGGCCUCCCAGUGUGCUCAUGCAUUGGGUGGUCAAAAGUAGGGACUAGCAGAGUUUGGAUAAGUUACAUUCUCACUAUGUGGUGGUCCUCUGACAGAUCAGGAACAUCACUUUUAAAAAAACCAACAGAACUUUUUAAAAAACAUUAUUUUAAAUGAGAUUUUGGGGUUGGGGGUGGCAAGACUUUAAUUUUUUUUAAACAAUGAAGUGAAAAAGUUUCAAAAUCUCUAGUAUUGGCUAGUUCUCAACACUGGCUAAAGUAACAUUUCAUAAACACUUUACAAGUAUGGUCCAUAUUUAAGAAUAUAUAAUGCUUAAAAAAUAAACUAAUAACAUGAUUCUUUCAAUGUGUUUAAGAUGUAUUUUUAAAUAUCUGAAGUAAGAUGGUGUGUUGAGGUGAAAAUAUCACUGGGCUAGGAGGAAGGUGACUUAGAUUCUAGUUACGUGUCUUUUACAAUUCAAUUUUGGGCAAAUCACUUACUAUCCAUUCCUUCUAUGUUAAAAGAAGUCAUCUCAGAGGCUAUAUCUAGCAUUACAGCUAUGUGAUUUACAUUCAGUUUACAUAAGGAAUACCUAUUUGUCAAUCUCAGCACAAUCUGUAACUUUUUACCUGUGUUAUCUUCAGUGCCAGUCUUAGGCAAAGUUGUGCAAGAGGUGAAGUUUAUUUUUGAGUAUCUCCUCUCCAGUAUCAGUAUCAGUACUCCCCCACAUUAGUGUCAUCUUGCCUGCCUACCCUUCUACAUGCCCCAUGACUUGAUGCUUUCCUUUUAAUACUUUUGAUUCCUCUAACCUCAAGAUUUAUUGCUGCUUUGGAUAUCUCUGUGAAGGCUUCCCAUCAAGUCACAUUAGUCAGGCCUAACCUAAUCUGACAGAUACUAUAGUGAGAUGGACCUAAUAGCUAAUUUUUAGAUGGUAGCUAUAUAGCAAUUUAACUUUGAUCCUUUUGAACAUCAUCUCUUUGCUACCCAGUCCAUUAGUGACUAAGUAGGAAUUUUCAUACCUGAUAUGAAUAGACAGAACCCUAUCCAGUGGAAGAAUUUGAUAAAGGUAGUACUGAAAGAUGUCCUUAGAUAAUCUAAAAUUAAGACUAGCCCUGGUAACAGUGAUACAUUCCAUUAUUUUGAUAAGCAAAAUCUUACAAUGAAAAAUACCUUAAAAUUUAAUUCACAAGGCUUACUUUUUUUAGCAGAAUUCAUUUAUUCAACAACUAUUUGAGUGCCUACUAGAUGCCAGGUACUGCACAAGGCACUGGGGAUAUUACAAUAUCCCCCAAAAAGGGACAUGAUCCCUAUCCUUAAGUAGUGCUGAUAUUUUAGAGUGGUCUGUAAUAUCUUAGUGAGGCAUUUGGCACAUGACCCAGAGAUAACAUAAUGCAUAUUUUAGUUUUGCAAAGAAGGGAUAUGGUCUCUAAGGUUUCUUCCAGUUCUAAAAUAAUUGUUUUGCUCUGAUUCCAGUAAAGCUGUUUAAUCAAGCUACUUUACAUAAAUCACUUUACUUCAUUAUUUUAAAGGAGUAAACUUGACUAUAUAUUGUUUUUAUUUGGGAUAAUUAUGUGAUUCUCUUGGGACAACUUAUAGUACAUAUUAAAUCAUAUGUCAGAUAAUAACAUUAAAAUUCCCAAGUGUGUAUUAUUCUAGUUGGUCUCUUUGUAUAAUAAUUAAAAUAGACUUAAAAUUAAAUAAUUGAAUUUAAAAAUAGUUUUAUUUAUCUGGGUAUGAAUAAACAGAUGCGUGAGCUAAUUCACAGAAAAAGAAAUUUCUGUGUAAAAAUCAGUCCAGUUUCUGAAAUGCUGUGCUAAAUUACAGGUUUAUGGAACAUUAUCUAGAUAGGGUGUUAAGACUUUAUAGUACUUCCUCUUGUUUCUACACAAGAGAAAGAAAUGGCCAUAUUUCAGGAAUUGCAGUGCUUAACUGAGGGAUUUUUAGGACUCUUGAAUUUUUUGAUGUAGCUGGGCAACUUUUUUUAGGCAGUGGUAAUUAUCCUUUAUUAUGUGAAUUUUGAAUGGUUUGACACAAGGUUUGUUUUUGUAGGGACUUUAAAAGGGGAGCCAUAAUUCUAGAAAUAAAUUUAUGUAAUUAUUACGGCCUUAAAGAUAAAAAUCCUUGUUGAAGUUGAAAAAAAUUGCUAAAUUACAUAGUCUUAGACAUUAACAUGUUUGUGGAAGAACGUAGCAGAAGUAUGUAGUAUAAUUUCAGUGAAUAUUUCCAAUUAGGAAUUCUAGGCUCUAUUUUAACUGAGUCACACUGCAUAGGAAUUUAGAACCUAACUUCUAGGUUAUCAAAAUCUUUGCCACCAUUGCACAAUUUUGUCCUAAUAUAUAGAAACUUUGUGAGGCAUGUUCAGUUGCAGUUUGCACAAGUUCAUCUCAUUUGUAUUCCGGUGAUUUUUUUUUUUCUUCUAACCAUUUUCUUCUAAACGAUAUAUUUACACAUUCAGUUUUUCUGGUAGGCAAUAAAAACUGUCAUUUCCAUUGUCAACAAAUAAUAAUUUCUUGGUAACUCUGUAUUAAUGGUUUUUAAAAAAAAUCAGUUACUUUAAAACUGAAUUUAUAUUUAAUAAUUUCUGUUAGUAUUGGGUAGCAUGAAAUCUGCAUUGAGAAAUUGAACAGCAUACAACUGGUAGUUGUAAAUUCCUUCAGAAAAUGAAAAUUAUUUCUUCCUAAAGAUGCAUUUACAUGAGUUCUUGAAGAAUAGUCAUAACUAGGUUAGUAACUGUUUUCGUUUAAUAGUUUUAAGUGCCUGUUUGGGAUGAUGAUAGGCAAUUUAUAUGAAUUUAGGAAAAAACAAAGUUUUCACUUGCAGAAAUGUCAAUUACAGAGGGUCCCCCUCCCCAUAGAGCUAAAUGGGUUAUGUAAUGUUUUAUCCAAAAGUUUCCAAUUCCACUGUCUUGUGUUUUCAUGUUGAAAAUACUUUUGCAUUUUUCCUUUGAGUGCCAAUUUCUUACUAGUACUAUUUCUUAAUGUAACAUGUUUACCUGGAAUGUAUUUUAACUAUUUUUGUAUAGUGUAAACUGAAACAUGCACAUUUUGUACAUUGUGCUUUUUUUUUGUGGGACAUAUGCAGUGUGAUCCAGUUGUUUUCCAUCAUUUGGUUGCGCUGACCUAGGAAUGUUGGUCAUAUCAAACAUUAAAUUUAAAAAUGACCACUCUUUUAAUUAAAAUUAACUUUUAAAUGUUUAUAGGAGUAUGUGCUGUGAAGUGAUCUGAAAUUUGUAAUAUUUUUGUCAUGAACUGUACUGCUCCUAAUUAUUGUAAUGUAAUAAAAAUAGUUAUGGUGACUACGACAGUGUGUACUUCUUGAUGGAAUUUGAAACAUUUGCCCCACAGUUGAUACAGAACAGUAAUAUUAGUGAAUAUUAGUGAAUCGUUUGCAGCUUAUCAGUUAAGUAUAGUCUUUAUUUGUGAAAGGUGUUGUGAACAUUAUGUAAAGGUUUAAGUGUUUACUUAAAACCGUGCUAGAUUUAGGUCCAUUGUCACGUUAAUUCAUUUAGAAGUAGAUGCAAAACAGAUCUACCUUUAUGAUGAAACAAUAGAAUAACAUUAUUUAUUACUUUUUAUCAGUAAAAGUACUUGAUACACAACAGGUGACUUGUUUUAAGACCCAAAGAGAACCAGCAGCAAAAUUAAUAAUGGAAGAUAUUAAAUAGGUAUGUAUGUAGUGCCAAUCACUGGCAGCCUACUUCAAGAUCAGAAAUAAUCUUACUCCAUACAUAUUAUUUCUAUAACUACACUUAAAUCAUUGCCAGGUGCUAUUGUUUUGUAUCGAACCUUGAAUGUGUGCUGUCAAGUGCCAAAUAGGGCCAAAAAUAAGCUGGUAUUCCUUCAAAAGUUAAGGGAAUUAAUGUAUAAGAAAUUAUUUUGCUUAGUUAAAUGUGCAUUAAGUGGCAUUCUCUUGUCAGUAAAAUGGAGAAAGAGGCUAAGAAUAAUUGGCAAAAACUUACUAAGUUAAAAUUAUUUCAAGUGUACUAUGUUUUCAUUCAAAAUUGGGUAUUUAUUAAAUUUUAAUUGGUAGUUGGCUAUGUUGCUAAUUUUGUGUAAAAUUAAGCAUAAAGUGUUGUUGAUGAAGCUCUGUGAAUAGAAAUUGAAACCUAUUUUAGUUCAAUAAGGCAGCACAGGUAUUUUUUUUUUUU